GUUCAGUCUUGGGCUUGCAGCCUUGGGCUCAAGUUGCUCUGCAGAUUUUCUAGGUGCACAGCAACCGGUUUCAGCAUCUACUUUGCAGUUUACCAUCCCACAAUAAGUUUUAUUUUUUUUAAGGACUUCUUCACUUUCUAUUGGACUUACAGCUGACGAGCACUUGCUCCACUAAUUGGGACCCACAGCGUGAGCCUGGGAGACCUGCACUUUGAAGAGACGAAGCAUGGCGUCAACAGCACACUUCUCGGAGGAGGAGAUGGCGGAGCUCCGCGAGGCCUUUAGCAAAGUGGAUGUCUGUGGGAAUGGCUUCAUCGACGCCAAUGAUUUAACAGAUGUGUUGAAGGCUGCCAACCUCCCUCUCCCAGGUUAUAAGGCCAGAGAGCUCGUUCAGAAUUUGACAACCACAGAGAAUGGCAGGAUCAGUUUUGAUGAAUUCAUUUCAAUUUUCCAAAAUCUGAAGAGUGACGACGUUGCUAAAUCAUUCCGAAAACAAAUCAACAAAAAGGAGGGGAUCUGUGCUAUCGGUGGGACGUCGGAGCAGUCCAGUGCUGGCACACAGCACUCUUACUCAGAGGAAGAAAAGUAUGCCUUUGUCAACUGGAUUAACAAAGCCCUUGAGAAGGACCCUGACUGUAAACACGUGGUCCCAAUGAACCCAGAAACGGAUGAUCUCUUCCAGGCAGUUGGUGAUGGCAUAGUACUUUGUAAGAUGAUCAACUUUUCAGUCCCGGAUACCAUUGAUGAGAGAACAAUCAACAAGAAGAAACUCACACCCUUCACCAUACAGGAAAAUCUGAACCUGGCCCUGAACUCUGCUUCAGCCAUUGGGUGCCAUGUUGUUAACAUUGGAGCUGAAGACUUAAAAGAAGGCAAACCUUAUCUGGUUUUGGGUCUUUUAUGGCAAGUCAUAAAAAUUGGUCUCUUUGCUGACAUUGAAAUCAGCAGGAAUGAAGCCUUGAUUGCUCUUCUGAGAGAAGGAGAGAGCCUAGAAGAUCUAAUGAGGUUGUCUCCAGAGGAGCUGCUGCUGAGGUGGGCAAACUAUCACCUGGAGAAUGCGGGAUGCAACAAGGUCAACAACUUCAGCUCAGAUAUUAAGGACUCAAGAGCUUAUUACCAUUUGCUGAACCAAGUUGCCCCCAAGGGAGAUGAAGAAGGCAUUCCAGCUAUUACUAUUGACAUGUCAGGAUUAAGGGAGAAGGAUGACGUGCAGCGUGCGGAGUGCAUGCUGCAGCAGGCAGAGCGGCUGGGGUGCCGGCAGUUCGUCACAGCCACUGAUGUUGUCCGGGGGAACCCAAAGCUGAACUUGGCAUUCAUUGCCAACUUGUUCAACAAAUACCCUGCCCUGCAUAAGCCAGAGAACCAGGACAUCGACUGGAGUUCUAUUGAAGGUGAGACAAGGGAAGAGAGGACGUUCAGGAACUGGAUGAACUCCCUGGGCGUUACUCCACGUGUAAAUCACUUGUAUAGUGAUCUGUCAGAUGCCUUGGUUAUCUUCCAGCUCUAUGAGAAGAUCAAAGUGCCAGUAGACUGGAACAGAGUGAACAAACCACCGUAUCCUAAACUGGGUGGCAACAUGAAAAAGCUUGAAAACUGCAACUACGCAGUGGAACUGGGAAAAAACCAAGCCAAAUUCUCUCUUGUUGGCAUCGCUGGACAAGAUUUGAAUGAAGGAAACCGUACACUCACACUGGCCUUAAUCUGGCAGUUGAUGAGGAGGUACACUUUGAGUAUCCUGGAAGAUAUUGGUGGUGGAGAGAAGGUGAACGAUGAAAUCAUUGUCAACUGGGUCAAUGAAACACUGACUGCAGCCGGCAAGGAUUCAACCAUCUCCAGUUUCAAGGAUGGAAAAAUCAGCACCAGCAUGCCAGUCCUUGAUCUCAUUGAUGCCAUUCAACCAGGAUCAAUCAAAUAUGACCUCCUGAAAACAGAGGAUCUUAAUGAUGAGGAGAAGCUAAAUAAUGCUAAAUAUGCCAUCUCCAUGGCAAGAAAAAUUGGAGCAAGAGUCUAUGCCCUUCCAGAAGACUUGGUUGAAGUAAAACCCAAAAUGGUUAUGACGGUGUUUGCUUGCCUUAUGGGGAAAGGAAUGAAGAAAGUUUAAAGCACAAAAGACUGGCACUGAUGCCUGGUAUUCACCCUUUUGAUUCCCUCAAACUGGAUGCUCUUCUCUGUAUCAAGGAAACAUGCAGGGUCUCAUGCUCGUAAGGCAUGAAUAUUAUACAUGGUGCCAGAUCAUAUGAAAGUCGUGUAUCCAGAAAAUGUUUUAUUUCAAACAGAAAUAUAUGCUUGAUUUCUUUGCCUUACUUUCCACUUUGCUAGAUAUAACCAUUUCAUAUUCCUGAAUAAGUUUUCCAGAAGGCCUAUACAUAACCUCCAAGUAAUGGAUACCAAGAUUAUCUGGCAGAGGUCACCUGGAGAUCUUUGUCUGUGGACAUGCAGAUGGCUUUUAGGAUGAUGAAAUGUUGUAUGCUGCUUUUGCCUGAAAAUGUCUUCAUGCUUCUGGCAGUGCUUCUGCCAUACUUCCUUCAGUUUGCACCAGGGGUUGCAAAAUGGGUUUCCUCAACCAACGCAAAUGUUAGUGACUAUAUUUUUGGAAUGGUAGAAUCCUCUUAAGAAAUGCUGAUGGAAAGAGAAAAGUGCAUGGGUCUGCUGUCUGCUGCUGGUAUGUGAUCUGUGCAGUAUCUUUCCCUGCAAGCUCUGCCUCUGCCAUCACUGGCACUACUCACAAACUACAUUACUGCUCACAGCACCAUACUGUACCCCGGUCCUCCAAGAGCAGCUCAGCUCUGGAACCUCUGCAGGGAAUGCUCCCCAAAGGGUAAUUCAUUUUCAUGCCAUAAUACACUUAAAACUUAAGCAGAUUGACAAGCAUGAUAGAAAUGAAAAGCGUGUUAAGCAAACUAAGGGGGUAUGCUUAGUUAGUAGCAAUAACAAACCAGAGGUAAGAAGUUAACCAAAGGGACAUGGAAUGAUAUAUUUAUGUACUGAAUAAAAAUUAAACAGUGAACUGUACAGACUUGCACUCAAAGGGCUGUGGCCCUGAUUCAGAAGAGCAUUUAAAUGUGUGCUUACAAACAAAACACACAUUUCAAUGCUUCCCUGAACCCAGGCCAGGAUCCUCAGCUGAGCAGCUCCCAGGGCUCUUGCAGAUUGCCCCAGCUGAGGACCUCACCCUGUCCAUGGAUGGCCAGCGGGUGUUUGCACUGAAUCUCUUCCUUGGCGUGAGUCAUUUUCUGUCCUGGCCUUCACGUGGAUUUUGCUGUGGUGAAAUGCAGAAGGAGGGAAUUUUGCCUUAAUGCGAUCCUGUUGAUACAGUCUCGUUUUCCUCCUCCCCGUCCCCUCAGCCCCUUCAGAAUUGCCUUAAUAAAGAGCCGAUAUCCAAUGAUAUGAGAAGUCUCUCCAAAUAAAGUGUUCUACAAAGCCAAA